GAGUACGUCCGGAGCAAACUGCUGCAGAACGUUAUCGACCAACUGGAAAAGGACAUCGUCAAGUCGGAGAUGGACGGUGGCAAGUACGACGCGGCGGCGAGAUAUGGUCCGCGGAUGAAGACCACCGAACAUGAACCUACCGGGGCCGACUACGAUGACGCUGCCUCGGAUGGCCCUAACGCUGUACCGUCGAUCCGGGACAACGAGUACGUGCAGCACGGCACUCUGUGGGGAGCGCAGUACGUGAGCGGCGGUGCCGGCGAAGGGGUACAGACUCUGAACCCAGACAGUCCGACGAGAAAUAAAAAUGAGGUGAAAACCGAUGCAGCGCUGCCGGCCUACUGCAACCCGCCCAACCCAUGUCCGGUGGGAUACACGGAUGAAGAUGGUUGUAUAAUGGAUUUUGAAAAUACRGCAGCAUUCAGUCGAGACUACCAGGAAUCCCAAGAAUGUAUGUGUGAUUCUGAACACAUGUUUGACUGUGCAAGGUCAAACACUGGCACCAAACACAAUGUUGAUGUGGACGAACUCGUAAGAACAUUUCAGGUAGAUGACGAACAUAAGAGUUUGGUAGCCAAAAAAUUCCAUGUUAAAAAGGCAUUUAAUCCAUAUUUACAAGGAGAAUUUCUGCCCAUAGCAGCAAAAAAGGGAAUUAACAUCGGAUUGUAACAUAUCUUAAUCCAAAAUGACC